GAUGCUUUCAGUUGCUACCGGAAGUUGGUGAUAAAUGUUGAUUUGUGGUGUUUACGAGUGAAAGAUGGAGCACAUCAGACUGCCCAAGGUUGAAAAGGUCCAGUUAGUGGACAGGGGCUCUUCACAUAGGGCACGAGUUGGGACCCUGUAUUUAACAGCCUUCCAUACAGUGUUUGUGGAUAAUGAGGCUGAGAAUCACAGUCAACUAUGGGUGCUUCAUAGUCUGGUGUGUAAUAUUAAGAAACAAAGCACUACUCCUCUGGGAUGCCCACUUCUCAUUCAGUGCAAGAAUUUCCAGAAUAUUCAACUCAUCAUCCCACAAGAGAGCGAGUGCACUGAUGUUUUUAUGUCACUCUUACGACUCUCCAGGGCAGAGCGAUAUGAGGAGCUUUACUGUUUUUCUUUCAAGCCUAAUUUCAACAAGGCAGAGAGGGAAAAAAACUGGGCCUUUAUAGACUUGAAGGCUGAAUACAGUCGAUUGGGAGUGCCAAAUAAAUUGUGGCACGUCACCUCUAUCAACCGAGAAUACAGGGUAUGUGACAGUUACCCCGCUGACCUGUUUGUGCCUAAAUCAGCCACGCUCCCUGUCAUCAUAGGGAGCUCCAAGUUUCGCAGCAGAGGCCGAUUUCCUACGUUGUCCUACUACUCCAAAGAAACACAAGCAGCCAUAUGUCGCAGCAGCCAGCCUCUGUCAGGCUUCAGUGCUCGCUGCCUGGAAGAUGAACAGAUGCUUGAGGCCAUCUUGAAGUCCAACCCCAGCAGCCGAUUCAUGUAUGUUGUGGACACCAGACCCAAGCUAAAUGCAAUGGCAAACAGGGCUACAGGAAAGGGCUAUGAGAAUGAGGAUAACUACACCAAUAUAAAGUUUCAGUUCACCGGCAUUGAAAAUAUCCAUGUGAUGAGGAACAGUCAGCAGAAACUGAUUGAAGUGUCUGAUCUUUGUUCCUCGUCCAUGGGGGAAUUCCUUUUGGGCCUGGAAAAUUCAGACUGGCUAAAACACAUCAGAUCAAUAUUGUCAGCUGGAAUCUUUGUUGCCAGGGCUGUGGCAGAGGAAGGCAUCAGCGUCUUGAUCCACUGCUCUGAUGGUUGGGAUCGGACAGCUCAAGUGUGCUCUGUAGCCAGUGUGCUUCUUGACCCUUACUACAGGACUCUGAAGGGAUUCAUGGUGCUGGUUGAAAAAGACUGGGUUUCAUUCGGACACAAAUUUUCUCAUAGGUACAGCCACCUAAAUGGAGACCCCAAAGAAGUGUCACCUGUUAUCGACCAGUUCUUAGAGUGUGUGUGGCAGCUUAUGGAGCAGUUUCCCUGUGCCUUUGAAUAUAAUGAGAGAUUCCUCGUCAGCAUCCACAGUCACAUUAAUUCAUGUCACUAUGGCAACUUCAUUUGCAACAGUGAAAAAGAGAGGAAACAUCUAUGCAUUAGAGAGAAGACUCACUCCAUCUGGCCUCAUUUGUGGAAGAAUAAACUGGACUAUAUGAACCCACUGUUUAGACCGGACCACAGCCAGACCCAAGGAGUUCUACAUCCCAUUACUGCCCCCUACUGUUUCAAGUUCUGGAGGGGUUUGUACAAUCGGUUUGAUCGAGGUUUGCAUCCCCGUCAGUCUGCUCUCGAGUGCCUAAUGGCUGUGAAAGAAGAAACUCAGCAGCUUGAAGAAGUUCUGGCCAUGUGUGAGCAGAAAAUGGUUGCAUUGGCGAAGGAGCCAUUGAAAGACCUCUGUGUGAAAAAGCAUGUGCCAAUGUACAUAAGCCUAGCCAACAUACCUCAGGACUACAAUGGAGGAUUUUUUGGCACUGGCACUAAAGUUCUCAGCCUGUUUGGAGAUACACCAAAAAGUUCAGACCGGGAGUCAGGAGAGGCUCAUUUCAAGUGUCAUUCCUCAAGCAAUGGCACCGCAUUUUCAAAUAAAGAUGGAGCCAAGGAUCCCGACUCGGCCAAAAAUGCCUUCAAUGCUGCCUAAAAGUGCAGCAAAUGAAAAGUAAAAAGCCAUAUAUAAAGAAUGUGUGAAUUUCAUGUAUGCAUUUGACUUUAGUUGUUCACUCAGUACUCCUUUGUGUCUGUAUUUCUGUCAGUCUAAAG